AGAAGAGAGAGAGAGAUGGAGAAGGCCGUGAGCGUGAACGUGAAAGCGGAGAUGGAGAAGCUGAGCCCUGAGCAGUUGAAGGCUGUCAAAGAACAAACCGAUAUGGAAGUCAAUCUUCUCCAGGACUCCCUCAACAACAUCCGCACUGCCACCGCCCGCCUCGAGGUCGCCUCCUCCGCCCUCCACGACCUCUCCCUCCGCCCUCAGGGAAAGAAGAUGCUCGUCCCGCUUACGGCGUCGCUUUAUGUCCCCGGAACCCUCCACGACGCCCACCAAGUCCUGGUCGACGUCGGCACCGGCUACUUCAUCGAGAAAACCAUGCCUCAGGCCAAAGAUUACUGCGACCGUAAAAUCAACUUGCUCAAAUCUAAUUUUGACCAACUUGUCGAGGUUGCUUCUAAGAAGAAAAGCAUCGCAGAUGAAGCCGGGGCAGUUUUGCAAGCCAAAGUGAAGCAGUUGGCUGCUACAACGUCAUAGGGGUGGAUGAUUUCGCUUAUGGUGGUUAUGAUAUUAUUCAAAGAUGAUGUUAAAAUGUACUAGAUUUCGAGUGCGAACGAGCGUUUGUUUUUUUGCCCAUUUAGAUUUCUAGGUUUGAUUUCCCAUAUGCCAUAUGGGACUCUGAGAAACGCGAAUGCUGUUGUGUAGCAGGACAGAACUACUUGAUAAUUGAUUGUUUCAAAUUUUAUCAGAUUUCAGCCGUUUGAGUUUAA